AUGUCUAUACCUCGUGUAAAACGUGUGGCGGUUAUCGGCGCCGGGCCAGCGGGUGCUAUUGCGGUUGAUGCUUUGGCGCAGGAGAAGACGUUUGAUCUUAUUAGAGUUUUUGAACGCCGUGAAGGACCUGGAGGUUACCUGGCGAAGCUCGCAGAUCGUACAGCAGAUGAGCAACUCCCCAUCCCUGAGGCUCUACCAGCUUUUCUUCCCAAGUCCACACAACCACGCCAUGAAGAAUCAUCGCUGUACCCCUAUCUAGAAACCAACGUGGACACAUCAACCAUGGAGUACACACAAGAGCCCAUCCCCGAAAUCCGCAGUGAGAGAUCAAUCGGGAUGCACGGCCCCAGCACACCCUUCCGGCACUGGAAAGUCAUGCGUGACUACAUAGCAGAUAUCCUGCAUCGUAACCACUACGAAGAUCUCAUCUCGUACAACACCGCCGUGGAACAUGUCGAGAAGACAGGCGACGAGUGGAAGGUUGUGCUGAGAAAGGACGGAAAGAAGCAGGAUUACUGGUGGAGUGAGACUUUUGAUGCUGUGGUUGUGGCGAGUGGUCGUUACUGGGUGCCGUAUAUCCCGGCUGUAGAGGGCUUGGAGCAGUUUGAGAAGACUAGGCCUGGGAGUGUAGUGCACAGCAAGCACUUCAGGGGUCGAGACUCUUUUCACGACAAGAGAGUCGUUGUUGUGGGUGCUUCUGUAUCAGCGGCUGAUAUCGCAGUUGAUCUCGUCGACACAGCCAAAUCACCCAUCCACUGUGUAACCAUCGGCCACACCACAAACGUCUUCUUUGGUGAUGUAGCAUUCCACCACCCCAAGAUCCAACAACAUCCAUCUAUCGCCAAAGUCAUCAACCGAACAGUGCACUUCAUCGACGGCACCAGUGUUGCAGAUGUAGACCACAUCAUCUUCGGCACAGGCUACAGCUGGACCCUCCCUUUCCUGCCCUCCCUCCCAGUCCGCAACAACCGCGUCCCAGGUCUAUACCAACAUAUCGUAUGGCACAAAGACCCUACUCUUCUCUUCGUAGGCGCAGUAGGCGCAGGUCUCACCUUCAAGAUCUUCGAGUGGCAAGCCGUCUACGCAGCUCGUAUCCUCGCAGGCCGAGCGACCGUACCUUCGCAGGAGGAGAUGCAGAAGUGGGAGGAUGACAGGAUACAGGCACACGGCGAUGGACCAAAGUUCUCUGUUGUGUAUCCGGACUUUGAGGAUUAUUUUGAGGCGGUGAGAGAACUUGCGGGAGAUGGUGAGCCGGGAGUGGGGCGCAAGUUGCCCAAGUUUAGGAGGGAGUGGUUUAGGAAUUUCAUAGAGGGUACCGAAUUGAGGAAGGGUUUGUGGAGGAGGUGGAAUGCGAAGGCAAAGGCGGAUCUGGAGAAGGAUGGUGUGAAGGCGAGAUUGUGA